CCUCAUUUGAUAAUCAUGUCUCGAUCACGUAGCAGCUGGCUGUUGGCAGUUCUGCUCAUCUACCACGCCAACGUGACCUUCGGUCUCCACUACGACUGCAGUUACGUCAACAACGCCAACUGGUGCACGAUAGCCAACCUGUCGAUCGCGUCCGAGCAGGACUACCACAAGGCAACGUUCCCAAAUGUCAGCCUGAUAUACCUGAAUCAACCCCACCUGGACUACCUUUCUCCAACGCUGCUACGCCAGAUGAUCGCGGUUGACAAGAUGGAGAUCGACGGCGGACGAGUUCCCAAGAUCUACAUCAAACCUAGCUUGAGCAGGAUUAGCGCCCACAAGAAUCAGGUCGUGGAAGUGAUCAUCGAUUCGGAGGAUAACUACUCGUUGGAGCACCUGGGAAUCGCUUACAAUCAGAUUAGGGAGGUUCCCAAGAAUAUAAAUCGCUUGCGGGGACUCGUUCGACUGCACCUGCACGACAACCAGAUCCAGGUGGUCAACAUGGAUCAGUUCAAGGAUCUUAACCGAUUGAAGGUGCUAGCACUACACCGUAACGGAAUCCUCCGGAUUGAUACCACAGUGCCGAUCAAGCUGAUCAACCUGGAGGAGUUCUUCCUGUACGGAAACCAACUGGAAGAUUUGUUCGUCAACCUGUGGGACUUCCCGAACCUCGGAACGCUCCACCUGGCGUCCAACCGGUUCCGCUCGAUCAACCGCUUCCCGGAGCAGUUUGCCGGGCUGGCGAUGAGUUCGCUCGGUGGAAAUGCGUGGAACUGCGCCUGGCUGGUGCGGACUCUUGGGCGAAUCGCGAAGCAGGACAAACCCAAGGUGUCCGGCGAUAAGCAGUGCCUGGGGAACAAGGUGGCCGGAAUCUGCUGCGAGGGAGCUCCGGACGAUAUGGUGCUGUAUUUGAUGCAAUCCGCGGGGGAUCUCUUCCAGCGGAUGAACGUCUGGAUGAUCCGGCAGGAGCGGGAGAUUGACGCUUUGAAGGAAGCGGUUGGAGCUUUGAAAAGUGAACGGAUGGAGAGUAGGAUUAGGGAUGAUCGGAGGUUUAGUGGGAUCGAGGAGCAGGUAGAAUCUUUGAAGGACGGUGCAGAUUUUGAUUUUGAUCAAGUCCGACGCGAUCUUCAGCGAAUCGAAAGCAAUAGUCCUAAACAAGUGUUGGAAAAGUUCGAGUGGUUCACGAGCAGACUGAAUGAAAAUCGCGCCAUGAUAGACGAUGUAAUCCAGGAUUUGUACCUCGCAGAACUGGAAAAACUAUGAAUACAAUAAACAAACGAAAACUUUCCUAAUUAACCACUUCCA